CUUGUCCAUCUCACUGAUCCUCCCCACAUCAGAUCCAAUCUGGUCAUCCUUCCCUCGGGCUGAUAGGUUCUUGUAACAACAAUCCAGCAAGAUGUCUGAGAAAAAGAUGACAUCAAGCCGUCGGCAUCACCUGAAGAGCAUGAUGCUCCAGAGAGGUCAGCAACUGCUGGAGGCAGAUGCCAAGCAGGCCGAAGUAGACAAAGAGAGAUACAUGGAGGAGAACUGUAUUUCUCUUGACCUCCCAACAUGUAUGCAAGGACUACAGGACCUGUGUAAGAAGCUACACCAGCAGAUCGACGCUGUGGAUGAGCAGAGAUAUGACAUUGAAAGCAAAGUCGCCAAAGCUAACAAAGAGGUUGAGGAUCUGAAAAUAAAAGUGCAGGACCUGAAGGGCAAGUUCAAGAAGCCGGCCCUGAAGAAAGUGCGCAUGUCGGCAGAUGCCAUGCUCCAGGCCCUGCUGGGCUCCAAACACAAAGUGUCCAUGGACCUGAGGGCUAACCUGAAACAAGUCAAGAAGGAGGUGAAAGAAGAGGAGAAAGAGUCUGUUGGCGACUGGCGCAAGAACAUUGAAGACAAGGCUGGCAUGGACGGCAGGAAGAAGAUGUUUGAGUCUGAGGCGUAAAGUCAUUUUGUGCCACCAAUCUUCAUAGAAUACAUCAUUUUUGUCUAGGUUAUGCUGCAGCUGCAUGUAUCUCAUCUCUAUAUUCACACACUUGGUAUGACCCAAGUAAAUAUGCCAAAACAAUCAUGCAAUUACCCACACUUGGUAUGACUGUAGUUGGCCAUUGUUAACAUUCACUCUGUAACUUUCAUAUAUUCUACAUUUAACUAAUUGGUAGGUGGCCUUUGUAAAUAAACUCUGUAUCCGAUGA